AUGGAGCUCAAGCACGAGAAGAACAAGGCGUACGAACGGAUGACCUCCUGGACGCAGCACGAGCUGUCCUCCGGCGGCUACACCGUGCAGGGUUUGGUCGGGGCGAGGGUCGGCCGUCUCUUCCGCGAGCACGUGGUGCGGUUCUCGCUCCCCCCGCGGCGCCGAGACAACAGGUCGAAGGGGAGCCCUGUCCGACGUCCGCCGAUGCCGUACCACCGCUUCACGGCCGGGGACAUCGUCGCUAUCACGCGAGGGAAGUCGCCACCCACCCAGGCCGAGAUGGAUAGCGGUUCUGUGCUCGACGGUGUUGUUCUUCAGAGGAUGCCGCAUUUCAUCGACGUGGUUGUGAAGAUCGCUCCAGAGGGACUGGCGGAUGCGACCCCUUCAGGCCGCGUGAUCGUAGGGGCUUCCACGGCCACCUUCCGCCUGGACCAGUUCGUCAACGGGGUUUCCUACGAGCGCAUGCUCCAGGCCCUGCAGACCGCGACGGCACCAGAGACUCUCUCGGUGUGCCCCAUCGUGCGGAGCCUGGUGGUGGACUCGCUGUUCCCCACGCUGGACCGCAUCGAGCAGAUGGAGAGGGCGGGAGGCGUGCAGCCAGGGGUCGGGGAUACGGCGCUUCCGCAAGGGGUGGUGGCUCCAGACGCGGAGUGGGCGAGGAUAGCACUGGGUCUCAGCCGUUUCCCGGGACCGGAGUGCUCGAGGGGGAACAUCGCCAACGUUGUCGCGGGAGUCACUGCCGAGGCUGGCCUCAGCAAGGUCCAGACAAGAGCUAUCCGGCAGGCGCUGGAGAGUCGUCUGACGCUGAUCCAGGGUCCUCCUGGGACGGGGAAGACGAAGACGGCGUGCAACCUCAUACUGUCGGCGGUCAGGCUCCGCCAGAGCAAGGGGGGCGCUCGACGGGACGGGAAGGUGAUGGCGACCGCGUUCAGCAACGUCGCGGCCGACAACCUGUUGGAGGGCGCCCUCGAGCUGGGACUGCGCGCUCUCAGGAUCGGGCGCCCCGCCACGAUCCGCCCUACCCUGUGGCACGCCACGCUCGACGCUCUCGUGGAGAACCACCCGGAUGUUGUCGCGGCCAAGGGCUGGGUGAAGGAGGUAUCGCAGUCGACUGAAUCAUCGGCAGCGUCAGAAGCGCGGCGGCCGUCGACAACCAGGGGCUCCGCGGGAUCCAAGUCCAGAAGUAGCAGCGCUGCUAGUACCCCCUCCCAGUCCGCGUCCAGGCGCGCGUACGCGGUGCUGGAGGCGGCGCAAUUGGAAGCCGCCCGGCAGAUCAUCAAGGGGGCGGACGUGGUGGUCUGCAGCUGCAUCGGCGCCGGCAACGACGCCUUCGUGCGCGCGAUCGGAGGCGACCAAGAAGGGGGCUUCAGCUCCAUCCGCUUCUCCACGGUAGUGAUCGACGAGGCCACCCAGGCUACGGAGGCGGCGGCCCUCGUGCCCAUCAUACGCGGAUGCCAGCAGCUUGUGCUCGUGGGAGACCAGAACCAGCUCCCUCCCACGGUGAUAUGCCCCGAGGCAGAAGACGGCGGCCUUGGGACUAGCCUCUUCUCCAGGCUGAUGCACGCCGGGAUCAAGCCCAUCCUCCUCAAUAGGCAAUACCGAAUGCAUCCGGCAAUCUCGGACUUUCCGUCUCUACAUUUCUACGAUGGUCAAGUCACGACGGGGAUACGCGCGUCAGACAGACCCACUCCGGCCGGGUUCCCUUGGCCUGCCGCGUCUGGCCCCGUGGCCUUUGUGCGUGUCAGCGAGAGCGGGGGGGAGUCACACGCUGGCGUGGGCGGCGCUAGGAGAGGCCAGCUGGAGAGCCGCGGGGGUACCGAGGCGGCCGUGCAGGGAGGCAGCUUCGCUUCCGCGGCCCUGGGUACGUCUUACUGCAACGUGAGGGAGGCGGAGGCGGUCGCCUUCGCGCUAGAGCUCCUUCUCCGGGAGGGCGAUGUUGAGGCGGAAGACGUAGGCAUCAUCACUCCGUACUCUGCCCAGGUCAGGCUUCUCCAAGAUGUCGUCGGGACCUCCCGCCGAUCAGCAGCAGCAGCGGCGGCGGCGGCGACGGCGACGGCUGAGUCGAGAAGAGGGGGAGAGUGGGUGCGGCAGGAUGAGGGGGGCGCGUAUUACGGUGGGAACGGCGGCGCCGGCGGGGGGGCAGGCGGGAAGGGGAGGAGGGGCGGCAGGAAGCGGGGGGGCGUCGGUCUGCCGGAGAUAGCGUCCGUGGACGGUUACCAGGGACGGGAGAAGGAGGUGAUCAUCCUGUCCGCAGUGAGAUCCAACCGCGGCGGACGGGUAGGCUUCCUCGCAGACUGGCGGCGGCUGAACGUGGCGAUAACCCGGGCGCGGCGCGGGGUGGUGGUCGUCGGGGACCCGGACACCCUGAAGAGGGACCGACACUGGCGCGCGUUCCUGCAGUGGUGCGAGCGCCGCGGGGCCGCGAUGGGGGAGGCGUCGCUGUACGUUGCCGGAGGGGGCGGGGAGCGCGAAGAAUGA